AUGGCUCCUGGGAGCGUCACCAGCGAAACCUCGACCACCUCAACUUCCACGGCAGGAUCAUCCAGCUCUGAGUCUGAAAAGCCAGGCCACAGCACUUUCCUGGUGGGGCGCCGCAAUCCCCCAGUGCUGCGCAUGGUGCUGGAGGCGCUGCAGGCGGGGGAGCAGCGCCGGGGCACGUCGGUGGUGGCCAUCAAGCUCUACAUCCUGAACAAGUACCCAACGGUGGAUGUCACCCGCUUCAAGUACCUGCUGAAACAGGCCCUGGCCACCGGCAUGCGCCGCGGCCUCCUCACCAGGCCCCUCAACUCCAAGGCCAAGGGGGCCACCGGCAGCUUCAAAUUAGUUCCCAAGCACAAGAAGAAAGUCCAGUCCAGGAGGACAGCUGCCUCAAGAACCCCCAGGAGAACUGGGGAGGCCAAGGAGAAGGGCCCCAAGAAACCAAAUGAGGCAAAGAAGGACCCUCUCAGCUUGGGUGAGGUGGAAAAGGCAGCCAGGAAGCCUGGAAAGGUGAGGAAGCCUCCUCCCAAACCACAUGCAGCCAAGGAGAAGGACCUCAGGAACGGCAGCAAGGCCACGGACGUCAAGGCAAAACUCGGUGAAGCUAGGAAGGCCCCCCCAAAGCCAGACAAGGCCACACAGGUCCCUUCUAAAGCCAGCAGGCUCAGCGAGAAGUCAAAGGUCAACGGCAGGAGCAGCCAAGGAGAUGAUCAGGCCCACAGGAAAACCAAAGUUAGUUCCAAACCCACAGCCAGCAAGGUCAAGAAUGAGGCUGCUUCCCCAACCAAAAAGAAGAUGACAGCCAAGGCCCCUCAAGGAGCAGCUGCCCAGAGGUCUAGGGAGAAACCAAACGCCAGGGCAGCUUCCCCUGCUAAGGGCACUGGGUCCAAGACGGCCACCGCACACCUGGCCAGGAAGACAGAGGGCCCUGUGGGCUCAAGAAGGCCUGGGCUGCCCAUUAAGGCCUCGGCAUCCAAGGUGUCCAGCAAGAAGGCCGAAGCAUAA